AUGGUGAAUCAACUAAUUAAUCCCUAUGAGUCGCCGACAUUUGGGAAAUCUCUUCUGCUAAGGGUAGAUGGCGCAAUUGGGGCAAUGUCACUUUCCCCAAAUGGGAGGGAUGCCGUGUUGGCUGGCCGACGUGGUUUGUUCGUAAUUGACAUGGAUGAUCCGUUUACACCUCCACGUUGGCUACAUCAUAUAACAUCGUGGGAAGUUGCCGACGUUCAAUGGUCGCCUCAUGCAUUUGUUAAGCCAUCGUGGUGUGUAUCGACAUCGAAUCAAAAAGCCCUUUUGUGGGAUUUAAAUCGGCCGUCCAACAAUGCCAUUGAAAAUAUUCUACAUUCACAUUCAAGGGCUAUUUCAGAUAUAAAUUUCCACCCGUUUGAUCCAGAAAUGCUAGCUACUUGCUCUAUUGAUACAUUUGUACUUUGUUGGGAUAUGCGAACGCCAAGAAAGCCAGUCUCGAAAUGGGCCGAUUGGAGAGCAGGUGCAAUCCAAGUGAAGUGGAACCACGAAAAUCAAUAUGAGAUUGCUCUGACUCAUGAUAAUUCACUAUACAUUUGGGAUACUCGGAAAGGUGCUCUUCCUGUAUUCAAAGUCACAAAAGCUCACCACGGCAAAAUUAAUGGGCUUGAUUUUACUCAGGGUGCAAAAAACAUCAUCACAUGUUCUAAUGAUCGUACAAUAAAGUUUUGGGAUUUAGAAAGUGAUAACGCAAAUAGAGCAAUAGCAAAGUUUGACUAUUUUGAUAGUGGAGCCGAGAAUGAUAUCAGACCCAGUGUGGUUGUUGAGGUUGAAUUUGCAAUUGCGCGAGCACGAGCAUUACCUUUUGGAUCGGAUAGAGCAUGUGGAGUUAUGCCCUUGAGAGGAGGAAAUGAUGCAAUACAUAUUAUCAACUAUGAGGAUGCAUACCAACAGUACUUGGCUAGCAAAGAAACUCAGCGAUUGAAAGGAUCUUCUGAUUACUCCUUUGUCGGUCAUCAUGGACCAAUAAAAGAUUUUUUAUGGAGAACAAGGCAUGAAUCAUAUAACGGAUUUGAGUCGAAAAACAAUUGGAAAGAGUUUCAAUUGGUUACCUGGUCUGAUCUGGACGUUGAUUUGAAAUUGUGGCCUAGUGAUGAUAAACUAUAUAGACUGGUUAACUAUGAUCCAACGUUUUUCAAUGUAUUUAAAAACGAUCUGGAGUCUGAUCUAUCCAUGACGGAUAAACCCGUUAAUCAAGCGAAAUACAACUAUGAGACCUAUUGUCAAGAACCAGAGGUUACAAUUGAUGAUUUAGCCAAAACAAAUGGAGAAGAUUUGCUAUCAGCUUUGACAUCGUACCAAAUUUCGGAGAAGCAUAGACAAUCAGGAUUUGAGUUCAAUCAACUUGAUCAUUUGAACUGGAUAUCCGGUGUUCGCAUGGGUCGUGGAGAUCGGAAAGACAGCUCUGUAUAUGGUGGUGGUGACAGUCCAGCCAACUUGGGUGAAGAAGUUAGUAUUGUGGGCCACAAAUUUCCAUUCAUCAGAUUCGAAAAGAUUUCGGUGUCUACUGGGGAUUUAGUCAUCAGCCUCAAAGGUCCCGUUCCUGUGUAUAUUUCAAAACCACCAGACCACCGACGAUCGGUUGACUCGGUGGAGAACACUCGUCUUGCUCUUACGGCUGUGAAUUCCACAAAGGACAAGAGUGUUAUGAGUGAAGAUGGGAAAGAACCCGAGCACAAGAGCCAAGUUGACGAUAGUGUGUUAGAUACGCAUCUCGAAGAGCUGACUGAAAAUGUUUCAGAGCAAAAAUUAGUUUUUAUCCGUCUAGCUCUCAGCUUCCCUCACUCAUAUCCAUAUCUCGAGCAAAUUGAAUUUGACAAAUCGCUACUGAAAAAGAGAGCUCACAGAUUGCAGAGACAAAACUCGAUAAUGUUCAAUAUUGAAGAAACACAUGAACUUGGCAAAGACUUGAGACAUGAAAUGGAAAAUCAUUUGGAACAGAUUGCAUAUUUUUAUACAAACAAGUAUCAGCAAUUCUGCCUUGAGCCUUGUUUGCGAUAUCUAAUGGGGGAAAAGGUGGAGCUUAAUGACGAUGCAAUGAUGGAAACUCGAGGAAACAACGUAGAUGAUAAUUCUUCGUUUCUUCCAGAGGUGGGAGAUGAAGAUUGGGUUGAUGAUUUGAUAAACCAGCAACCAGGGUUUCACGGUUAUUCCUCGGGUGAGGAUGUAGAGGAUGAAGAUGACUUGAUUCCGCCAGUCACUGUGAACACUCAAAAUGCUCAAUCACGAGGUAAUUUUGACAACGAUUUCAGUAAAGGGCAAGGAAACUUCGAUUCCACGCCUAUUCCCAAAGGUUGUGGUGCCGUCUGGGCACCAAACGGCCUGUUGGUUUGUUUUUUCAUUCCUAAAAUUAAUCCCGAAAAUGGUGGAAAGAAACACCAAAAUUUUCGUUUGUUGAAACAAUCGAGCCUGACUCUGAAGGUUAUUGAAAGUCCAAUUGGUGGCGGAUCAGCCGAAAUUGAUGCAGUUGAUAAGAGUGACUCGGCCUCAGAGUCAUCAGGUAACCAAUCCGAGACGUCCUCGUCGUCGGAAGAUUAUUUUGAGGAAGAUUUAGAGGAGAUACUAAAACACGAUGCUUCGUCUCGAAGUAGAGUUCCUGGACUAUUUCGAUCCAAUUUAGGAUUAGGUGGUCGGUUCAUCUCCAAUGAAAGCGCGCAUAAAUCAUCCUUGAAAAAGUUUACCAGCCACGGAGAGAGUUUGUCAAACUAUAAGUCUUCGAUCAAGGAUGACGGAAACAAAAGUAAACUCGAUUCUAAUAAUGACAUCAAAAACCUCGUUGUUAUUAUCGAUUUCAAUCAUUUGCUACCAAACAGAAUAGAAUUGGCACGUGAGUAUAAGCUUGUUGGUGACCGACCCGAGAAUCUUGCCGGAUACAACUCAAGAGUGGCCUCAAAGAAUGGACUCGACGAAAUAGCUCAAGUUUGGAGAAUUUUAGAAAUCCUUUUGACCAAUAAUGUAAGCAAUAGCAUGGUUUCUCGCGUUGGAUCAAAGCAACCAGAUGGUAAGACAUUUAAUCCCAAAGCCAAAUUGAAUGACGUGUUGUCAAUAUGGGGAACCCACCCAUUUGGGUAUACAUGGCUCAUUAGAGAAAUUUUCAACUACUUUGUCGAGAGACAAAAUACCCAAAUGCUAGCAACAAUGUCAUGUGUGCUACACAAAUCACCUUACACAACGAAUCGCUUCGAUCCGCAUGGUACUUAUGAGAGUGAACGGGAGUUAUCAAGUCAUCAAAGUUUGCGCACCAGUCACGCCAAACAUCUGGAACACAGUUUUGAACCUCGAAUACCUUUGCACACACGAACGAAUUCUAGGAAUAUUGACUAUCCUCACUCAGUUGCAUCAUCCUUUGAUAAUCAUAGUGCUCACACUGACUCGGUGGAUCGAUUCGGAUACGGAAGGAAAAUGGUGCAUUCUUUCUCAGCUUUAAAUUCGAAAAAUGGCUCUCAAAACUCAUUGGUAGAACCGCAAGGUGCGUAUCGAACGUCUACCCCAAAACUGACCUCUCAUAUGCUGGUCAACAAACUGAAAAAUGGUAAGAGUUUGAUGACAGAGAUGAAACAUCAACCACCUCCGACUGUCUCCGUAGAAAUGCAAAAUGUGGAGGAGCUAGAUCUAUUCGAGGAUGCGUCCUCUUUGUCAACACUUCCUGACUUUUUAAAUGACGCUGAGAUGAAAAUGUAUCGAACGCAAUAUGCUGAAACUUUAUAUGAGUGGAACCUCCCUAUUCAUCGAUUGGAAGUAUUGAGAUUCAAUUACAAUGGUACCGAACAUGAUCAUAGCUACGAUAUUCAUGAGUGUAAAGUUGGAUUUAGAAAAAGAAAGAAGCAACUCCCUAGUCAGAUAUUUAUCAAUACAGUUUCCUCAAUUGAGACUAGAUGCCCAAAUGCUUGGAACACAAAUAAGCGUCUGAAGUUAAAGUAUUGCAUUUACUGUGGGUUACUAGUAACUAAAAACUUUACGUUAUGCGGCAACUGCGAACACAUCCUACAUACCAAAUGUGCCCAAGUAUGGUGGUCUGAUGGUAAUAACGAAUGUGCUAGCGGUUGCGGAUGUAAUUGCUUGGAGGAGUCAAUCUACCAUUAA